UGCGGCUUGGUUGCGAUGCGGGAGGGGGAACAUGGCAGUCCGGAUUCUGCGCUCACUGGAGGACGGAGCGAUGCACUGAGAGAAAUAAUGCGGAAUAUUUCGCCCCCAUAGGUGUCAACGCAGAACAUACAAGAUGAAGAAGCAGUUCAAUCGGAUGCGACAGCUCGCCAACCAGACGGUGGGAAGAGCUGAGAAAACGGAGGUGUUGAGUGAGGACCUUUUACAGGUGGAGAAGCGUCUGGAUCUGGUGAAGCAGGUGACGCACAGCACCCACAAGAAGCUGACCGCCUGCCUGCAGGGUCAGCAGGGGACCGAUAUAGAAAAGAGAUCCGUCAAGUCACCUUCCAAAAAACUUCCGCUCACCAUCCUGGCGCAGUGUUUGGAAGAAGGGGCUGCGGUGCUGGGGGAUGACUCGCUACUGGGGAAGAUGCUGAAGCUGUGCGGGGAGACGGAGGAGAAGCUGGCCCAGGAGCUCAUUCAGUUCGAGUUCCAGAUCGAGAGAGAUGUGGUGGAGCCUCUUUAUGUGCUCGCUGAGGUGGACAUUCCUAACAUCCAGAAACAGAGAAAGCACUUAGCUAAACUUGUCUUGGACAUGGACUCAGCGCGGACAAGAUUUCAACAAUCAUCCAAGUCAUCGAGUCACCCAAGCACACUGCAACCCGGAGCCAAGUCCGAGUCCCUAAGAGAAGAGAUGGAGGAGUCAGCCAAUCGAAUGGAGAUUUGUAGGGAUCAGCUGUCAGCAGACAUGUACAACUUCGUGGCCAAAGAAAUAGACUAUGCAAACUACUUCCAGACACUUAUAGAAACACAAGCCGAGUACCACAGGAAGUCAUUAGAGAUUCUUCACAGCGUCCUGCCCCAGAUUAAAGCUCACCAAGAGGCGUGGGUGGAGAAGCCAUCGUUUGGCAAGUCUCUGGAGGAACACCUGAAUAUUAGCGGGAGAGAGAUCGCCUUCCCCAUCGAAGCCUGUGUCACCAUGCUGCUGGAGUGCGGCAUGCAGGAGGAGGGUCUCUUCAGAGUGGCUCCGUCGGCCUCCAAGCUGAAGAAGCUGAAAGCCUCCCUGGACUGCGGAGUUCUGGAUGUGCAGGAGUAUUCCUCCGACCCGCACGCCAUCGCAGGGGCCCUAAAAUCGUAUCUCCGCGAGCUCCCCGAGCCGCUGAUGACCACCGAGCUUUAUGAUGAAUGGAUCCAGGCCUCCAACAUCCAAGAUAUGGACAAACGGCUACAAGCAUUAAUGGCAGCGUGCGAAAAACUCCCCACGGACAACUUGAACAACUUCAGAUAUUUAAUCAAAUUCUUAGCCAAGCUGAGUGAGUAUCAGGAUGCAAACAAGAUGACUCCUGGAAACAUGGCCAUCGUCCUUGGACCUAACUUGCUGUGGACACACACUGAACCGAACAUGACGGAGAUGAUGACGACCUUGUCCCUGCAGAUCGUCGGUGUCAUUGAGCCCAUUAUCCAGCACGCUGACUGGUUCUUCCCUGGAGAUAUCGAGUUCAACCUGACGGGCAGCUACGGCAGCCCGAUCCACACCAACCACAACUCCAACUACAGCUCCAUGCCCUCGCCAGACAUGGACCAGUCGGAUCGCAAGCAGCAGCACGACCAGAGUCGACGCCCACUGAGCGUCGCCACGGACAACAUGAUGCUGGAGUUCUACAAGAAGGACGGCAUGGGCGUCCGCGUCAUGGACACGUCCUGGGUGUCGCGCAAGGGAUCGUCCACUCUGGCGCGCAAGACCUCCUCCACCCCUCCCGGCAUGCAGGGCCCCGGCUCUCCGGCCGACACGCUCAUCCCGGAGCAGCCCGGGGAGCUCGCCACCUCGCCGUCCGCCACGCCGCCGCUGGGAGAAAGGAUUUGCUCAGACAACGUGUCGCCCAAUCGGCCGGACACCUCUCAUGCCCACCCGCCCCCCGGGGAGGACCGGCCGCCCCCUCCUUACCCUACCUCCUCGUGCCACACGGCCCCUCACCAUUUCUAUCCCAAACCCCCACCUUGCGCUCGCCCUGUGGCACCGGGCCCCGAGUCGCAGCCCCCCGGCUCCCCCCCGCCCCCGUUGCGCUGGUCUGGCUUCACCCCCCCUGCCCCGCCGCCUUCCUCCUCCUCUUCCUCCUCCUCCUCGUCUCUUGACAUUAAUUCGAACCCCAAACCUAGCUGUCUGCACUUCCCCAAGCACAGCCCGCCUGGCGACAUGUCGCAUGCCCCCCCGCCAGACGCUCACGCUUCGCCGCUCUACAUCAAAACUCCCCUGGUACUAACCCGCCAUGACCAGACCCUCGGCAACCCCCCUAGCCUCCCUUCGUCCGCGCCCCCACCCCCGCCGUGGGCUGCCUGUCCAUGUGCCCGAGAGAGAGGACCCCCCAGGCUGACUAGUUCACUGAAGAGUAAAGAGCUUUCUCCUGUCAUUGGGCACAAAGGCAUCCAGGUGGCAGGUCCAACAGUCCCUCCCAGCUGUAGCCCUCAGAGCAGCAGCCAGUCCCCCCACUCCACAGAGCACAGUCCACACACCCUGCGCAAAGGUUCAAAGAAGCUGGCCCCCGUUCCUCCAAAGGUCCCUUAUGGCCAGUCUGGAGGGAUGUCUGACCAGUCCACAGGUCAGCCGUCACCAGUUAGCCUGUCCCCCACGCCUCCGAGCACCCCGUCCCCUUACGGAUUGGCCUGUCCCCCAGGACAGCUACCCCCGUCCUCCCCCGGGCAGACGCCGCUCGGGGCGCCCCACUCCCUGUCGUCCCCACCCUCCCUCAGCGGAACGCUCACCAAGUCGCGGCCGGCCCCGAAGCCCAGGCAGAGACCCAGCCUGCCGCCUCCUCAGCCGCCCACGGCUCCUCCCAUCCUCGGCGGACCGGUCAUGGCCCCGAUCCCCCAGCCCCUGGAGCAGGGCCUCCUGGACGGACUGUCUCCCGGGGAGAGCAUGUCUACAGAUAUCUUCAAUUAUGAAAUCCCCUCCAUCAAUGUCAAUCUGGACAGCCUCAUCGAUGAGUUCAGCGGUGCCCCCUGCAGGAGGUCCCUGGCAGUGACAGACUCUCCGGAGGGGGACGCUGUGCCUGAGGAGGAGCCCCAGAGCACCACUCUAUGACCUAUGACCCCAAGGCAUCAGUUACCAGCACCCUCCGCGGUUGUACAUAUUCUAAAACUGUCGCCACCAAGGCCUAACGGAAACACAAACCGGCCGCGCCAAUGCCCGCCCGAAACCAGAACACGAACACGAACCCUCCCUCACAUCCGCUGCAGGCUGCAAAAAUGUCUCACCUCUUACGACUGCUCGCUAGUUCAUUA